CACGCGGAGCGGUGGCGCGGGCCACGAGUCGGACCAUGGCGACCCGGACCAAGCGCCCGCGGGUGAGUGGCGGGCGGCCGGCACCCGGCCCAUCGCUCUGCCCCGCCCUGAGGCAGCCAGCGCGCGCCACUGCGCCCCCAGCCGCAGGUCCGGUUCCCCUCUUCCGCGUUCCCUCCCCCAAGCGAAGCGCGUCUCCCGCCCGCGCGCGCCGCCAUCCCCGCGGGCUCCCCGGGGCGGGGCCUCGUCACUCGGCUCAGUUAUCUCAGGUGGCGCAACCGGGGGGCGGAGGCGAGCCGGACUCCGACCCAGUGGCUGGCUUCCUGAGCUGGUGCGGGCGGGUAGGGCUGGAGCUGAGCCCCAAGGUGGCGGUGAGCCGGCAGGGAACUGUGGCCGGUUACGGCAUGGUGACUCGUGAAAGCGUGCUGCCCGGGGAGCUGCUAUUCGCCGUGCCGAGGGCAGCGCUCUUGUCGCCACACACCUGCUCGAUCCGGGACUUGCUGGAACGAGGUGGGCACGCUGGCGGACAGAGUUAUCGAGGCAGGCCCUAUAGCCGUGCCGGGGCGCUCACUCCUGUGCCUUCCCUAGAGCGAGACGCGUUGCAGAGCCAGUCGGGCUGGGUGCCGCUGCUGCUGGCGCUGCUCCAUGAGCUGCAGGCCCCAGCCUCGCUGUGGAGCCCCUACUUUGCGCUGUGGCCCGAGCUGGACCGCUUGGAGCAUCCCAUGUUUUGGCCAGAAGAGGAGCGCCAGCGCCUGCUGCAAGGCACAGGUGUCCCGGAGGCAGUGGAGAAGGAUUUGGCCAACAUUCGCAGCGAGUUCUAUUCCAUCGUGCUUCCCUUCAUGGAAGCCCAUCCGGAUCUCUUUGGCCCCAGUGUUCGCUCCCUGGAACUCUACCACCAGCUAGUGGCCCUUGUGAUGGCCUACAGCUUUCAAGAACCACUGGAGGAAGAGGAAGAUGAAAAGGAGCCGAAUUCCCCUUUGAUGGUGCCUGCUGCAGACAUACUAAACCACUUAGCCAAUCACAAUGCCAAUCUAGAAUACUCUGCAGAUUAUCUUCGGAUGGUGGCUACCCGGCCCAUUCCUAAAGGCCAGGAGGUUUUCAACACUUAUGGACAAAUGGCUAAUUGGCAACUUAUUCACAUGUAUGGUUUUGUUGAACCAUAUCCUGACAACACGGAUGACACAGCGGACAUUCAAAUGGUGACUGUCCGUGAAGCUGCAGUACGGGGAACAAAAGGUGAAGCUGAAAGGCUCCAACUAUAUGAGCGCUGGGAUUUCUUAUGCAAACUGGAGAUGGUAGGGGAAGAGGGUGCAUUUGUGAUUGGUCGUGAGGAGGUGCUAACUGAGGAGGAAUUGGCCGCCACACUCAAGACCCAUGGUUGUUUUCAGGUCCUGUGCAUGCCUGCGGAGGAGUUCAGAGAGUUUAAAGACCGAGAUGGAUGGGGAGAAGAUGAAUGGGAAGAGGACAGACUAACAGUCACAAAUAUCCCCAAGCUCAAAGCAUCAUGGAGACAGCUUCUACGAGACAGUGUUCUUUUGACUCUGCAGACCUAUGCCACAGACUUAAAAACUGAGGAGGACGUACUCAGUAAUAAGGAGGCCUAUGCAAAACUCAGCUGGAGGGAAAAGCAGGCCUUACAGGUUAGGUAUGGUCAGAAGAUGAUCUUACAUCAGUUACUGGAACUGACAAGUUAGCAGAUUAUUUAACUUCUUAGUCUAAACUGACACUUUGUUGCUCAAGAAGGGGAAGGUUUGAAUCUUCUGCAUUUAUUAAAUACCAAAUGGAAAAGAAGCAAAGGUGCUACUCUAAAUACUCUUGAAGGUGACACACAUUAGGGUUGGAAUCAACAGACUUGGGAAUUACUCCUAAUAAUUAAGAACAGCACAUUUUAUAGCCACUUUAACAAAAGCCAGGAGAAAGAUGAUAUUCAUAGCACUUAGUAACAUGGACUUUAGAGGAGGACCAAAUUCAAAUCUGGGUCUGUGAUAAGGAAGUCACUUUAGUAAGUAAUAUCACUGAAAUUGGCUUUACUCGCACUUUCAGUUGUCUGAGUUUACUCUGGAUGGCAUGCCUUCCAAUGGAUAAACCUGAAGAUACCAAGGACAGUCCCCUAGACCUCUGUUGUUUUAUGUGUAGGGAGGGAAAAAAAGGGUCAAAAUUAAAGGUAGGGUAAUUGUAAUUGAGACUGUGUUUUACAUACCGACUCAUCCAUAAUUCAAUUUGAUCACAGAAACCUGUUCAAACAGUUUUCUCCUGUUGAAACAACACUAAACAAUUUCUUGGGAAA